GUCAUGCUCAACGGCGCAGGGACCUAAACAAGCAACAACCAGUCUGACAGUCUGAAUCACGCACGCAGGGCACAUUCAGCUCACCGACAUCUGACGCGCCACGUUUCUUGCACUCGAUGUACGAACGGAAGGUCAUGCGACAUUGUUGGCCCUGUGAUGCCCCUGCCGAAGCUGGCCCGAUUAGGAACAUUGCUGCACCAUGGUCCAGCAACACGAGCUUUCCCGCAUCUCCGCAACGCGACACACGAUGCCAGACAACGACGACGAUGAGCACCCUACCACGACCUCGCGUCUGCAUAAGCGGACGCUGUUGAAGCUCGACACGCUCCUACUGCCUUUUCUUGCCCUGCUCUUCCUCUUCAACUCCCUCGACAAGUCCAACAUUGGCAAUGCAGAAUCCGCACAUUUCACCACAGAUAUAGGGCUUGCAAAGGGCGACCUCAACACUGCUGUAGCGCUCUUCUUCGCCUUCUUCGUCGCCCUGCAACCUGCCGGCGCCGCGCUGGGACGCAGAUAUGGCAUGGUCGCCUGGGUGCCGACGUGCAUGCUCUUAUGGGGGCUGAGCACUAUGCUGCACGUCUGGGUCAAGAAGAGGUGGCAGCUGUAUCUGCUGAGGAUUACUAUCGGCUGCUUGGAAGCCGGCUUCUAUCCUGUCACCGUGUCGUACCUCUCGCUCUUUUAUACACGCUUCGAGUUCGGCCGCCGUCUUUCCAUGUUUUACGGCCAAGCAGCCGUCGGCGGCGCCCUGGGCGGCGUUAUCAGCUACUUCGUCUUCAAACACUUUCCCGAUCGACACGGCGACGAUUCGGACACCGAGUCGCGGUGGCACCCAUGGCAGGUGCUUUUCUUGAUCGAGGGCAGUCUUACGGUGGUCGUUGCACUGGUCGGAUAUUUCUGGCUCCCGCACAGCGUUGAGACAGCGUGGUUUCUCACACCCGACGAGCGCCGGUACGCUUCAUCGCGUGUUGUUAAAGACCGCGCCGCACAAGAGGGCUCUACUACCUCCAACAAACAUCGCGACUCAAAUUCGUUUUCGCCCAUUUCGACCAUCGAUGAAGAGUCACGCGGCCUACUGAACCGUACGACUGCUCCUCCUAGUGAACGACGAGCGACUCUUGACGACCGUGGACUUACGCCCCACGACAUUCUUUCUGCCAUAUCCUCACCGUUGGUCUGGCACCUUCUCACAUGCAACAUCCUCUCUGCGAUUCCUGUCUACGCCUUCUCCGUCUUCCUCCCGCUCGUCCUCGCGCCGUUGACAGGUAAUAAAGCCUCGCCCUCGCUACUUAACUUGCUCACCGCGCCUCCCCAUGUAUGCGGGGCUAUCACUCUAUAUCUGUUUGCUUCGUAUAGCGACCGGCACCGCAUACGCCUGCGGCCCAUUCUUAUCGGGCUAGGUAUCAUGGUCACAGGCCUGAGCCUCGUCGUAGUCUUACCAACAAGCUGGGCCGUACCGCGGUACCUAAGCCUGAACGUGCUCAUCAGCGGUGCCUACAUCGCAAGUCCCCUGACCGUAGCAUGGAUCUCAGGCAACACACCGAGCCCUGGCAAGCGCGCGCUGAUGCUCGGCAUCAACGGGUGGGGCAACAUGGCCGGCGUCAUCAGCGCCAUGUUGUUCCGCCCGCAAUACGCGGAAACGGGCUACAUAGUGCCGUUCUUCUGGACGCUACUCAGCGUCGCCGCAGCCGCGGCCGGCUACGUGCUGUUCCUGCGCAACUUGACGGCCGAGAACGCGCGGCGCCAGGCGCUCGUGCACGCCUGGGAUGGCGAGGAGCGCGAGUGCGAGAGGGCCGACGGCACGGGCCCGCUGGUCGAGGAGCGCCCGUGGCUCGCCGCGCUGAUCGCGGCGCUCAAAAAGAGUGAGCUUACACCCAGGCUAGUUGCGUGGCUCGAGGAAGCUUCGCAUGGCGGUAGGGAAGGCGAUGAGAAGAUGACGUUUGAGUUUGGACUGUGAGGUUUGGGUUACGACGUAUAGAACGUUUACGGCGUAUUAGAUGGACUCGCCAAUGUAGUGAUAUAUAUAGACAUUGAUACCCCCCGUGCACCAUCUAAGCC